GUGGAGACCCGUUAUGAACAUACACCCCGCAAAGUGUUUGCUGAGAAAAAUGUGAAACAUCUGUUACCUAUAAAAACAAAGGGCAAAUUGAUCCUGCAGACAAUUGAGCGAUCACAAGAAAACGAGGAGACAGUCAAAGAAGUCACACCAAUGGAGGUAGACACAUCAGAUCAGACACCUGCUGAACCACCUCCCCCUCUAAGUAACGAAGAACUCUCUAUGCAAAGGAGGGAGAAACUGCUGGAGAGAAAGCAGACAAUAGCUUGUCUGGCCAGUGCUGUCAUGCAGAAUCCAGAGGACAAUAUGAAAAAGUUAAAAGAGUUACGCCUGAUGCUACAUGAGGAAGAUUCAGAUGUUUUCAUUACUGUACGGAAGCUGGCAAUGGUGUCCAUGAUGGAACUCUUCAAGGACAUCAUACCUGGCUACAGGAUAAGACCUCACAUGGAUGUUAAACUCGUCAAGCUGAAACAAGAGACGAGGAGUUUGCAGGACUAUGAAACGUCUUUACUGAACAACUACAGGCUUUAUCUGGAAUAUUUGGAAUCGGUAGCUAAAGGUGGGAAAGGUCAGGUGAAAGGUCGUCAGAAACACGGUCGGAAGAGAGAGAAUGGGGCCAGUGUUGAUAUGACAGAGGACACAUCCAAGGCCAUGUCAGAAAUUGCUGUUCAGUGCUUGUGUCAGAUGCUGGUUAACCAUCCUCACUUCAACUACAGAAAUAACAUCAUAGCUGUUCUUAUCCCCCUGAUGUGUAAGAAAUCAGACCAGAUCUCUGAUCCCAUAUGUGAAGCCGUGAAGACUGUGUUUAAAACAGACAAAUCAGGAGAGUUGUCUUUAGAGAUUGUGCGAUUAAUUUCGAGACUUUUGAAAAACAGAGACAACAACGUUGAUAGAAAGGUGUUGGAUACAUUCCUGUCACUGAGAAUCAAAGAAGUGUUCAAAGGGGAAGAUGAUACACAGAAGAAGCUGAUGAGAAAGGAAAAAAUGUUAAAAUGGUCCAGACGAGAAAGGAAGAGACAAAAACAGAUGGAAAAGCUGGAGAAGGAACUGUUAGAAACCAAAGCCACAGAGAAUAAAAAGGCACAGUUAAAGCUGCAUACAGAAGUCAUCCAGGCAGUCUUCUUGACAUACUUUAGAAUAUUGAAAUCUGAGAAGAAACCUCCAUUGCUCCCGUCAGUGUUAGAGGGACUUGCUAAGUUUUCACAUCUGAUAAAUGUAGAAUUCUUUGAUGACCUCUUUGAAGUUCUUAAUCAGCUGAUAGACUCAGAGAGACUGAGUUAUCGAGAGACACUUCACUGCGUACUGACAGCAUUCACCAUCCUGACUGGGCAGGGAUCUGCUCUUAAUAUAGACCCCAUUAGGUUCUACAAGCACCUGUACGGCGUAUUACUCAAGGUUCAUGCAGGUAGCAGCAUUGAGGAUAUUGCUCUUAUACUCGACUGCUUAGAUGUUGUUGUCAGCAGAAGGAAGAGACAGAUAUCAGAACACAGAAUCUUGGCAUACAUCAAAAGGCUGUGUACAUUAUGUCUUCAGCUUCUACCUCACGGUUCCAUUGCUACACUAGCCAUGUGUAAAACAUUGAUACAGACAUAUUCCAGGAGUGACUUGCUCUAUGAUAAUGAGAUGCAAGGAAGUGGUGUGUACCUGCCAGAACUGGAUGACCCUGAACAUUGCCACGCCCAAAACACCGCCCUCUGGGAGCUCAACAUGUUAACGAAGCACUACCAUCCCACAGUGAGGAAGUACAGCAGUCAUGUUGUUCGCCAGGCACCUACCACAGGGGAAGGCCAGUUGACAGUGGAGCUAACCAGAAAAACUCACAGGGAACUUCUCAAAGAGUUUAAUUUAGGACCAGUGGAAGUGGCUACCAGUUUGCCGGAAAAAGUGAAACAAAGCAAAAAAGCGGUGAAGUUAAAAGGUUGGCAACAGGAGGACCUAGGCAUGAUGAUGGAGUCUGUGCUAACUACAACCCCAGAUAGUCUGAACACAGGGAACACCUGAUGCAGUUAGGACAUGCAAGAGGUUAAGAUACCAGCGCAGAAGCAGAACUGUGUGCAAGAGACUUCACUGACUUUGUCACAUGCACAGAUUGGACAGCACAGUUACGUCCCUUUGUGAUAUGAAAUCACAGCUUUAGCGGGAGAAUGGCGUAAAUCUGACAAUCCUUGAAAGGGUACUGUAAUGGACAUUAUCAGUCGUAUGUUAAUCACCGAGAGAAUUUAUUUUUACAUGUAAUUAACUCAAUGGCAUGUAGAUAAAUAAUUCAGACUUUUCAUAAAUGUGUGCUUAUUUUGGGAUUCCUUCGAUCAUGCUGAUUACAGAUUGUAUUUUUCAAAGAUGAAAUAAAUGGGGUGUCACUGCACACAUGGACAACAGAUGGUGUCUUACCAUACCAUUUUAACUAGGUAAACAUGUACUAUUUGUAAAUAAAUCUGAUUUUAAUUA